UCCAUUGAAUAGAGUGGGGCGCAUGGCAAAGGGUCAGCUCUGUGGCGCAGCGCCAUCAGCCACCCUCAGGCCAGAUUCGACGGAUCCAACCACACCCUCCAAAGCUGUGCCGAGUGGGCAAAAGUGUCAAGGCCAGGCCCCCCCGGAUGUGCGUCAUGGUCCUCUCCCACACACUCUUGCCCUGUAAAUUUGGGCGAAAGGAGGUCCCAUAAUUGGAAUGACUAAGAAUUUGGUGGCGGGUGAACUCAUGCUCCUUCUCUUCCACCCCCAAAAACUUUGGCCCCUCCUGGAACCUUUCAUCUUCUCCUCCCCUCUAACAUUGCCUCUCCCCCCAAAAGAAACUCCCCCCCAUUUUUUAUCAACCGUGAAUUCAUCUUGCCGAAAGAGGGGGAAAUAUCGACUCGUCCCCGCUCAAAUAGCGGGAAAAGAAACAAGAGACAAGAAGGAUAAAUCUGGAUGUCGGAAAGGGUACUUGCUUCGUGAUUCUUCUCCCUACUCUAUCAUCGCUCCAAGUCUUCCUGAGCUUUUUUCUCGUGUGUUUGUAAGAACGAUCGCGGAGUUCUCUCUCAAAGACGCGACACAAAGCAAGCUGCAAAGCCAACAAGUGGGCAAGCAAACAAAAAAGGCGAAAAGGAAAGGGGGAACAAAAACAACCAACUCUUCAAGCUGAAAAAGCGAGAGGGGAAGACCGAUAUCCGAUCAACGCCCUCUUAUUUUUUUUCUCAUCCAUCCCCUCCCUUCCCCUUUCCCUGUUUCUUUUCUCUCUGAACGAUACCACCGUGAAGAAGCAACGCGAGUUUUUUUCGUCGGGCUUGUUCAUCAUCUUCCGACCACAAAGUCCUGCGCAGCACGCAGGAGAGAUAGGUCGCAAAUUUGUCCUAAAAAAGGUAGUACCUCUACGGUCGCCGUAUUUGGUAAUUUCAUGCGUUAACCUUCCAUUUUUGAAAGUUAUCUACCCGAUUAGUACUAGCGUUAUCUGCAUAGUCGCGACCUUUCUGCAACCCUCCAAACACGAGGUUUCUUUCUUUUUUCCCUUCUCUCUUUUUUUUUCUCUAUUUAUUUUUAUUUAUUUUUUCUUGCUUCCUCUGAAAAAGAAAAAUAAGGCACCAGAUAAUAGAACCGAUAAUGGACACCGCGGAUAUCAGUAAUUCUGGCGGGCUGGUAGGUGCGGCUCUUCACGGAGGAGUGGCCGACAGUAUGGUUCAGGGUCAGCCUUCUUCCUCGCAGGCUGAGUUUGUGCCCUACCAACACCAAUUGGUUUUCGGCCCUGGUACCAACGAAUACUCCGCCAUUCCAGAAUCAUUUCCACAUACAGAAUACAAUUCAUAUCCAUCUUCCGAAGCAUGGAAUGCUCCUUCGCAGCCUGCACAUCAACAACACGCUCAGCAUUAUACGUCCCUCGAUCCAAUGUCCCACUUUGCUCCUCCGCCUCAUACCUUCCCUCAGCAGUUUGCACCCCAUAGCUUUCCAACGAACCAGCAUCCCUUUGCAACUACUAGCGCUGUCACAACAGCCUCUCCUCAAACUGCAACAGGUGCGCUCUCGACUCCUCCCACUGCUGUGGUGGAUGAUGCUUGGAGGGAAUAUUCUCCCGCCGCUGUCACAACAGCUGCAAACGGUACUCGCGGUGCAACUAAUACCAUGUCAGCUUCAAUUGCAGCUACACGCACUAAGAAGCCGCACAAAUCUCCAAGCGCACAGCAGAGCUUUGGGCCGAAUGUUGUACGAGGCAUAGCGACCCCAACUCCAAACGCUGCAGCCGCAAUGACCUCAACUACAAAUGUAACGACUUCAACCGCAAAAACGAAUGAGGGGAUCCGUGUCAAAGGAUGUCCUAACGUAACCAUACGGUCGCUCCAUGAUCCGUCGCUGCAGCUCCCCCCGGACUUUAUAAGUAUCUCCUCACUCCGCAGCAAUCCCCUUCCCGAUCAUCGACCUUCUAACUUUCUCACAGAACUGAUAUCGAGUGUCGGGCUCGGAAACGAGCCGUCAGCAUCGGUAGGCCCACCAAAAAAGAACCAGAAAGUAGCCAGUGCUGCGAGCGCUGCGAAAGCUCAACCUGUUAAAACAGCCGCGCCCCCUAAACCUAAGCUUCCCGAAGAUCCUGCUGAGAAGGUUAGGUAUCAGAUUGAGGAGGCAUUGGAAUGCGAUGGAGACGAUGAUAUUGAAGACAUCCGUAAAGCAUCCAAACAGGUUUGGGAUGUAAUCAUCGGGAUACGACCCGAACAGUCUAAGCUGGUUGAAGUAGCUGUGCGCACAAUUCUAAAGGUCGGGGAUAAUCAAAUCUUGAGGGCCCUUGGGGAAUCUAUUCUAUUCUCGAUAAGACUGCGAAAGUGGAUGACAACCGAGUGGAACAGAGAUAGAAACAGUCCUACGGUCAUUAUGAUACUAAAGGUAAGUUUCCCGUAUAUUCCGUCCACGUGGGGAGCACGUGCCCAUCAACACAUCUAACUCGCGUCUAGCUAUUGUAUAAGUUCUGCGUAUCUGAGGAAGAUCUUGAGCAAUCAUCAUGGACCAAGGCGCUAAAAAGUAUCGGGUCAAAGUCAGAGGAUCAAAAAACAAAGGAUAUUUGCAUGGCGAUUACAAAGAGUGCUAGAGAGCGCUCUGCUAGGAAGGAGAGGGAAGAGAAAGCCAAAGGAGGGCAACAGAAGCCAGCAUCAUUAGCAGCCUCCUCUUCUUUACCCGAUCGUACUAAUGAUAAAGAGAAGUCUUUGGGAAAUGGGACAGCAUCCAAGAGUGAGGCCAUUAGUAAUGUUAAUGUUGGCAUUAAGCGCAAGGGCGAGGACGACGCCAAAGUUGGUCAAUAUACUUUCAAGAAGAUUGCUCUGGGUGAGGGAAAAACCCCCGCUGUGUCGGGCUCGCCAAAUCCAAAGCCGAGUCUAUCUACUGGUAACGCUACAAAUGCAGCGACACCAGCCGCCGAAAAGAAAUUGACUGCAAGUACCGCGUCUUCCACUAGCGCAAAUGGUUCUUCUGCAUCUGCCAAGCCGAAAACCACUACUUCCGGCUUCUUUAAGUCUCUCCAGGGCAACCGUCCAGCCGUUGUCAAGGCUCCCACAAAGUUCGUUGUUUCCCUCCCCUUUGGUUGCUUCGCGAGAAGCCCCCGUUUCAGGCCGACGAUCUGCAAUUAUUAACAUGUCACGUGACCUCAUAGGCCCAUUGAAAAGAAAUCCACCCCCAACCCUGAAUCUGCCCCGAGCACAUUCACUAGUAUUUUCGACCAACUUGUCCGCCAGCAAAAGGAAGGCUCUACCGGGCUAAGACCUGAUUCCGAUACAAAGAAACGUGAGGCCGAUGAAGAUCAAAACGGCUCCAACAAGAAGGUCAGAAAGAAGAAGACUGUCCGGUGGAAGACUGGGGAGGAUCUUGCCAAGGUCAAGGUUAUCGAGUGGGUUGAGCCGGAAGGGGAAUACUAUGGAGGCAGCAGUGGACAUGAAAAUCAUGAAUAUGGAAAUGCUAGGAACUUUGAUGUUGAAGAGGGUAGGGAAGCGUUGGCCGCCCUCAAGAACCGAAACUUCUUGGAAGACGAGGAGGAUCUGCUUGAUUGGUAUCAUCCACUACGUGAGUGACCCUAUUACACUCUGGGUAGGGUUUCGUUUGCAUCUCUAACAUCAUCCAGCCAUCGACUUUGGCGACCUCAAUCAUGUUUCCACCUCCGCAGAUAACGCUAUCAGUCGCGGAGGGAAGAAAGAGAUCACCAGCGAGGAAGCUAAAAUUCAGUCAAUACGUGAACUUCAAACUUUGUCAGCGCUUUAUAACUCUCCGGCCGCCAUCCCAUAUUCCCCUCGGGAACCCGAUUCCAACGGCGAGGGUUCUCAGGAAUUCGAUCAGCAACCAACCAUCAUUCCAUUACCAGAUCGUCUCAAGGUACGCAUAUUUUCUCAAAUUUUAUCAGCAACCGGCGUCCAUCCCAUACUGACUUGUUUUAAAGCCUCCAACAAGCCUUCAACCCACGUCAGACUCUGCUCAGUUGAAUGCGCAACCCGCACCCGUUGUCGACAUUUCAUCCAUACUCUCCGUUAUCAGCAAUCUUCAACAGCCAGCGCAGAGCCAAACUCAAGCUGCUGCCAAUAGCAUCCUAGCCCAGAUGCAGGCGAUUACCCAAACCCAACAGCAGCCUACCGCACCACCCUCUGUGCCAUUCGCACAGCCUGUAGCUCAGCAAAUUGCGCAGGCUGCACCUGCUCCAGCCCAACAACCUGAUCUUAGCUCCAUACUCAUGGCACUUGGGCCUAACUCAGGUCAACAACAGCAGGCCGGUACUUCUUUGUUACAGAACCUUGUGCAGCAAGGCUCAGUUGCCCAAGGAGGUACCUCCGCUGCUCUGACUAAUAUUCUAGCACAGAUGUCAUCUAACCCAACAGCCUUCCCUUUUGGCCAAGCUAUUUCAAACACAUACGACACUCCUAAUUCCCAAACAUGGCCUCCAUACGAACCGCAAUUUCACCAACCAUAUGGGAGCACCUCCAGCCACUCCAACCAGUCUUCGUGGGCUACGGGUAGUGGAACCGAUGAGUUUGGACGUACUCUACGUGAGGGUGACCGAGAAAAGGAGGGCAGGGGUGGCAAAGAUGUCCGUGGUGCGUUGAGGGAAGCAACCGGCUGGGAUGAGAGAAAAUCAGAGGUCGAGCGUCACAACGGGAGUGGGAGUAGUGGGAAUGAACCCCCUCGUGGAGGAUGGAGUGGCGGUAAACAUAAGAAGGUAAAGAGGCCCCGAAGAUAAUUCCUACGCAUUCCCAUAGCCCCCUGAAUUACAUAGCACACACCUAUACCCAACUGCUUUCUUCGAACGGUAAACGGGAAGUUUGAUCAUUUAUUUCUUUUUAAAAAAAGGAGGAAGGAAAAAGGUUGGCUUCAACAGGCAUGUAUGUUAGCAUCGCCACGUCCUGCCUGGCCUUGUAGUCAUGUCUAGCUAGAGUUGCGGAUAUUGCAGCACUUAUUCCUCUUUUCCUUCUCCGAAAGGUUUGGGGGAAACAAAAGCCCUCUCUCUGGGAGAGUAACUACCGUUGAAAAUUAUUUCAACAGUAAGCACUCGAUAGGAGGCAAUUGAGCAAGAAAAUCCUUGUCCAAUGCCCCUUGAAUCCCACCAUAGUUCCGUCACAAUUUAGCACCCUACGCCCUUUAUCCUAUUUUACUUCCCUUUUGACCCAAUUUUUCUUCUUCUUUGUUUGUUCGUUUAUUCCCACCUUGCCCUGAAAGAAAACAAUUAAGUUAAUACAUUAUUAUCAUUAUAGGAAAAAAAACCUGCAAAGGUUUCCUGUCUCUUUUUCCAGAAAGGAAACUGCAAGAAUGGCGAUGGCUGCCGAUUUUC